AUGCGGAUCGUGUCGUACGUGCUCGGAUAUAAGAUUGCAACCGACGGCGUAUCGGUGUACCUGUACGGCAUGGCGCAUGACGGAACCACAUACCUUAUCAGCCGCAACCACGGCCUCAAGUGGUUAUCAAUCAACACAGCCCGCUACACGACCGCCACGGGCCAGUCGAGCUGGAAGGCGACCCAGAACGUGCCCUUCGUCGCUGACACCGACGCCGCCUACGGCACCGUCAAUACCUACUUCGGUGACACCAACUGGACAGUGACGUAUGAUGGCGUGUCGCAUGCUGGGACACCUGUCUACAGAUGGGGAGAUUUCCUCUAGUCAGUGCGCGUGUGCACUAUGCCUACCAUUACUGGUCUCACCAGGGCAGCACACCUACGAUCACCACGUUAAUUUAAUGAUAGACUACAUUACUUUUUAGCACAUGUCUUGUUCAGAUGGUGAUAGAAGCAUGGUAUAAUUUCUUUUUAGAUUACUAAAACACAAAAUGACUGUCAUGUUGUAUAUAUGCAAAUGAGGUAGCCCUCUAAUCACAUUAAAUGUUAUCGUAAUAAUUUCUUCAUGCGCUUAAAAAUGUUAAUUAGAAGUAGAUAUAAGCCUAAACAAAUGUAUUUUGAAAUUUCUUGGUGGCCAUUUUGAAAAUAGGGUACCAUGCCCCCUUAAAAGGCCAUAUUCGUUGGGGUCCACCUCUUAUUUUAUUUAGCACCUGUCAUGGCACAUAUGUACCAAAUCUGUUGCUUUUAUCACAAUCUGAACGAUCGACCUGAUUUUUGGUGUUUAGAUCUUGUGCUAUAAAUGGUCUAUUGUGCUUUACAUGGUUAUUUACUUAAUAGACAUGCGAGUGCGUUGCGCUUUGCCUUUCUAAUUUAGAUCAGAUUUAUUGGUUAAUCGGUUAAUCGGUUCAGACUGUUGACGAGUCUAUCCACAUGCAACUAUUUACUUGAUUUAUACCAGCGUAGAUAGUAAAAUAUUUUAAAAGUGCUAUGGUAUGGCGUAAAUUAUGCAUGUAUCGAACUGCCCUAAAUAAUGAGCAAACUGAAACGCUGCUAUAGCAAUGCCAGCACAGUGAAGGCCUGUUAAAGCUUGGAGUAUUAAGCUGACUGCUGAGUCAGCUCAUUACUCCAAGGUUAUAGCUACCAAAAACCACAACACUGUUAGUAACUAGAGCACUCGGAGAGCGCAGACCUCCGCCAAGGCAGCUCA